AUGGUCAGUUUCGCUGUCCACGGAAGAGGUCAGUGUUCAAAACUACGAGCCAUUUAAAGCACGUUCGCUUCGCAACAAUCAUGAGUGUAUUGAAAGCAUCAAAUGAUGAUUAUCCGACGUUUCAACUCAACACACCCCGAUUUGAUCAGUCUACAUUCAAAGGAAGAUUGAGACAUUUUUUGGAUGUAACCGAUCCGAGAACACUUUUUACAAGUCAAGCUGAAUUAGAAAGAAGCCAAGAACUAUUAAAAAGUUUUGAACGAGGUACUCUUGAUAGUACAAUUACCAAUAAACAACUAUGGGAAGCUCAGAAGAUAAAGCAAGCAAUAAUCCACCCAGAUACUGGGGAGAAGAUACCAAUGCCAUUUCGAAUGUCAGGCUUUGUACCAUUUGGCGCGCCAAUUGUAACUGGCCUAUUACUUCCGAAUCAAGGAAUUGCCCAGAUUGUAUUUUGGCAAUGGUUAAAUCAGAGUCACAAUGCGGCAGUUAAUUACUGCAAUCGCAAUGCAUCUAAAAAGACGCCAACAUCGAGAUUCUUAUUAGGUUAUGCAGGGGCUGUCACUAGUGCAGUUACGAUAGCGUUAUCUUUAAGCGUGCUUGUCAAACGAGCUAAUGGUUUGAGCCCUGCUGUAAAACUUAUAGUUCAGAAAUUUGUUCCCUUUCCUGCCGUCGCUACGGCUAGUGUUAGUAAUGUUGUUCUAAUGAGAAAUUCUGAACUAAGCGAGGGAAUUAACGUUGUGGAUAAGAACGGAAGAGUGAUUGGUGUAUCAAAAGUAGCGGCUAAGAAGGCUCUGACAGAGACAGCUUUGACCCGAGCUUUCCUACCCGCUCCCAUACUUGUCAUUCCACCUAUUAUCAUGACGGCUCUGGAGAAGACAAAGUGGCUUAAACGAAAUCCCAGAAUGCAUCUCCCGUGCAAUGCCCUGGCUGCAACACUUUCAUUUGCUUUUGCCUUGCCAAUUGCAAUCGCCCUUUUUCCGCAAAUGUCUUCGAUAAAACGGGAAGAUUUGGAGGCCGAUUUGCAGGAAGAAUGCAAAGAUGUGUGCCUGUAUUAUAACAAAGGAUUGUGA